AUGGCGCCGGCUCCGCCGCCGUGCGAGGAGAAGAUAUGCGCGUCCAAGAAUGACAAGAUGCGUGCGAUGUUUGCCGCCGUCGGGCAGCCAAAGCCUGCUCCCGCUGCGACCGCUGCGACCUCGGCCGAGUGCCCGCCGGACCGUGAGGAGCUCGGACGACACACGUGGACCCUGCUCCACACCACCGCCGCCUACUACCCGGAGACGGCCUCGCCGUCGCAGCAGACCCUGGCUGAGCAGUUCAUUCGCUCGCUCGGCGAGCUCUACGCGCUGGGCUCGCGCGAGGAAUUUUGCCUGUGGAUGUGCGAGCAGCACAACGCCGUCAAUGCCAAACUGGGCAAGCCCGUCUUCCCGUGCACGCUUGCCAGGCUCGAUGCGCGCUGGCGCGACGGAGGCGCGCGCUGCGACGAAGAAGGCGCAGAGAGCUCAGGCCCCGCGAUAGACUAA